UGAAAUUUUUCAACAGGAAAUAGUGAUUAAUAAAAUUAUAGAAUACUUAAAAAUCUACGCAACUAAGAUUGCUUCACAACUUGCAAACACAUCAGUUCUUCUCGGAUUUUUUUCUUUGAAAAUGCAUAAAUGUUUCGUAAAGAUCACAAAUGUUUUUCGCCACAAAUCCACAUAUGCACCACCAGCAAGUGAACCUAUCAAUGCCGCCUCCGUAGUGGGGGCGCACGUCCGUCAUAGAAGUGCGUCUGCAGACGAUAAUGAAGGAGGUCGACGCAGUCGAGAGGGAAGCGCGGACAACGCUGGUAACAACGAAAUCUGCGCACGAAAUGCCGACGUCAAAGACAGUCGGCGUCUCAACAAUGUUGCGCGCGAUAAGCUUAAGGAGUGCAACAAAGAUAAGAGCACUGAUAGUGGCGAUAAAGCAAACACUUUUACGCCAAAUGAGCGAAGAACGCUGAAAGCAAAACGAGAGAAUGAGGGCGAAGAGCAGAAGAAAAAUAAAUCUAAAUAUUUCAUGCGCAGUGCAACGUCGCCAAGUCUAGGCAAGGGCAGUUGUGAACCAGGGAUGAUGAGCACCAGCGAUGUGAGUGAUGUUGUUGUCUAUCGAAGCAGCUACGAAGGCGGCGGCGCUGUUGAUAAGCGAAUAAGUUCGCGUAGCAGCGCGCGCAGUAGUGGCAUAUUUCGACUAUUUUUGGGUAGCAGUAAGAAGAAGAAAAGUGAGCGAGUGAAGAACAAUGAAAAAGAAAGAGAAAAGGAAAAAGAAAAGGAUAAGGAUAAGAAAAAAGCAAAGAAAAAGCAAGCGCCACUGGCGGUAAUGGAACCACAGCAGUUGGGCAUCGAAGAAGAUGAGCUAAAAGCGUUGUUGAAAGUCAAUGACUACUCAGACGAAGCGCCAAUGGCAACACCGGAAAUACGUAAAGCCAUUAACGUAAGCGAAAUAAAAACCAACUCUAAUCAUGAAAAAUCGCAACUGUCGGACAAGGCACUUGAUAUAAGUGCUUGUGAUAAACUCACGCCUCGUUGUAGGACAGCAGCCAGCAGUGAUAAUAAUACAGCUCGUUAUCACGCAAGCGGAAGUGCGGACGAUAUGCUCGCGCCCGCGAUGGACACAGCUAAAUUCAUUGCGUCGCACGAUGAACGCAGCUACAUAUCCGAAUACAAAACUUUUGUCGAGGACGAAAAGCCAAAUUUAAUUGGGACGCCAUUCCCUGAAACGGAGGCUUUCAAUUUCGAGCAAGUACUUAAUCGCUCAGCAAGCAUGCGUCACUCCAGCGAUGUGGCAAGGAAGCUUGCGCCUGACGUGCGCGCUGAGUUGCCAUGCCGCACCAAUGUCAGCGAUGAUUGCUUGGCACGCACAAGAGCAUUAACACCAAAAACCCCCGAAGAAAUCGAGUAUGAAGCCAAUGUUGCAGCGGAAAGCGCCGACGUUAUGACACCACUACCACAAAAUCUCACCUUUCACUCUGCUCGCAAGUCCCUCAGCACUGGGCGCACGCUUGCCUCAGAAAUCGCCGACAUGAUACGUAAUUUGGAUGCAAACACUUUACGUAUUAACAAUAUGACCGUUGAGGAGAAGAUGGAGCUGAUGCGGCGUUUCGAGCAGCAGCCACCUGAGCAGCAAGAAAAACAGUCACAGUGCUUAACUCAUCAUCCACAUCAUCAAAAUCAUCACGCGCACAACACGUCACAACAUCAGCACAACUUACUGCGGCGCAGCUCAUCCGGUUCGCGGAACUUUAAUCCCAUGCGUUUAGCGGUGGAGAAUCGCAUCGCACUGCAGGCUACGCAACAGGUGCAUGGAAGCGGUGGUGGCGACGGCGACGGCGUUGGUGCUGACGAGUCUAUGUGCGAUUCAGAUGGUGAAAAUGAGGAAGUGGUAUUGCGUCGGAAAUUCGUUGACUAUCCGGGCGGUGCAAAGGUGCCAAUGUCUACGUGCCUGUAUGAACGUCGGCUGCCAAAGAGUCCGAAACUGAAAUUGCUGGUGCAAUCACAACAUAACGACAGCCGAGAUGAAGGAAGCGAAGAGCGAUCUCUCAUGGACGUAAAAUUUCCAACCGUCUUACCACCGAAUCCGCAACUUAAGGCUUUAUUGGUUUUCCACAAGUCGGAUAAUAUCUGCGAAGUGGUAACGGAGGCAUGUCAUCGACAGCAGCUCGAUGUAACGGUGGCGCGUACCAAAGAGGGUGCUCUCGAGACCUUGUCCAGCACCAGUGAGGAGUUUUAUCAUUUAAUCAUAAUUGACGCACGCUCUACAAAACAUUUGGAUGCUGAGUAUAUAGCCAGGUCGAUACGUCACACAAAGGGCCAUCAUUUUACGACAAUAAUUGCUGUGGUUAAAAAGAGUUUCUAUGAAAAGGAUGAUUUCCUAAUCGCACUAUUAGACGCUGGCGUUAAUAGGUGCGUUCCCGAGACCACAAAUCUUUCAAUGUGCAGCAUAGAGCUAAAGCAAGUCCUGCACUCAAUUGUGCGGCCACACAACGUCAUGUCAACCCAGCAAGCCCUCUACACUGCGCUGCAUCGACUUAAGGAAGUCAUCCUCAUCACAGACAACCACCUCCGCAUACAAUAUGCCAAUCGGGCAGCCGAACGUUUGCUCAACAUGCGUCUGGAUGAAAUAAUUAGCAAGCCGCUUACGGAUAUAUUCAUUACUGAUGUCUCAACGUUUAUGAUGCACACCCGCAAGAACAAAGAAUUCGAUGAGAUAUUGACUGUGCGACGCAAAGGCCAAGAAGAUGUUCCAAUGCAUGUUCGUGUCAUACAAGUGGCGUGUAUUGGCAGAACACCCACACAUUUUGUCUUUAAUCUCGAUGUACCUGGAUCACAUGGUGACUUCGUCGCCACACUACCACAAGCCAGAGAAGCACCACGCGGCUCUCAGCACUCCAUACGCCGUGGCAGUGUCGAUGUACGUUCGGUGGCAUCCGAUGGCCUGCGGCGUACCAGUCUGGCCAAGUUGACGUCAUUACCGCUGGAGGCGCCCAUUACAAAAAUAAUCAAUUUACUCUCCCAAGUACAGGAGAAUUGUUCGCCGGACGAGGCACGGCUAAUCGAUAAGGUGAUGGAAUUCUUGAAGCGUGAAGGACUUUAUAGUCCACAAAUGAAGGAAAUACGCACAGAUGAUCCAAUAGCUACCGAUCUGAUAGGAGCGUUGCUGACGGGUCCCAGCCUAUAUUCAUCACGACGCAGCUCAAAUGACUCCAUCAUACGUGUAGGCGGCCGUCAAUCCACUUGCAUGCCAGCCAAAAUGAAGGCCACACCACACAUCAUGGAACUACUUGAAGAAUCUCUUAGUUGGGAAUUUGAUAUUUUCAAACUUGAAGAAAUCACCGAAAAGCGUCCGCUCCUCUAUUUGGGCAUGGAAAUGUUCCGACGCUUUAAUGUGUUCGCAACGCUCAAUAUCGAUGAGAAUGUCUGCAAGAGUUGGCUAGCAGUUAUUGAGGCCAAUUAUCAUGCAAAUAAUUCAUAUCACAAUAGCACACAUGCCGCCGAUGUUAUGCAGGCCACUGGCUGUUUUCUUACUCAGCUAGCUGCCAAGGACAUGGGCAUGGAUCACACUGAUGAGGCCAUAGCGCUAAUUGCUGCUGCAGCGCACGAUGUCGAUCAUCCGGGUCGCUCUUCGGCGUUCCUUUGUAACUCGCGCAAUACGCUAGCGCUGCUCUACAAUGAUCUGUGCGUCUUGGAAUCGCAUCACGCUUCAAUUACCUUUAGGCUUACAUUAAGUGAUGACAAAGUCAACAUUUUUAAGAAUUUAGACUCUGAGAGCUACAAAUCGGUGCGCAGCGUUGUGAUUGACAUGAUUUUAGCUACGGAAAUGACGCGGCAUUUUGAGCAUUUGGCCAAGUUUGUUAGCAUUUUCGGCUCGGACGAGGAGCCCAAAGAUAUCGUACAAUCGGAGGAGGAGAGUUCCAUUCUUAUUCGCCGCAUGAUGAUUAAGGUGGCGGAUGUGAGUAAUCCGUCGCGUCAACCUUCUUACUGCGUUGAAUGGGCACGGCGUAUUGCCGAGGAGUACUUUACCCAAACCGAUGAGGAGAAGGCGAAGGCUUUGCCGAUUGUUAUGCCAAUGUUCGAUAGGAAUACGUGUAGCAUACCCAAGAGUCAGAUCGGUUUCAUUGAAUACAUUAUACAGGACAUGAUGCACGCGUGGGAUAGUUUCAUCGACAUGCCUCAAUUGGUCACCUACAUGCAAAUCAAUUAUUCGCAAUGGAAAAAAUUCGAGGAACAAGGCGUGCUCACGCUGGCGGAUGUCAAAAGCAAGCAACAUAGUUUGAGUGUGAAGAAGAGUGCCAAAUAGCAUUUGGCAUUCAAGAGGUUGUUCUCAGGACUAUUAAAGCCACAGCCGGUCCAGCCUCCAUGUGCGAUGACAAUUGGUGAAAAUGAAAUGGAAUAUUGCUUGCAAAAAUAAAAUGGUGAAAACAAAGGAAAGAAAAGCAAGACGACGAUAGGAGAUGGAAUAUGUAUAAUGAACACAAUUCAAAAAGCUUACAUAAAAAUUUGAAAAGAACGUAGCAGUACAGCAAAAGAGGCAAAGAGCGUAAUUGUGUUGUGAGAAAUGUGCAUAAGUUUUGAAUUUAUGUAAAAAAAGUAAUUUUUGUGCAUAAAUCGAUUCUCGAAUCGAAUCUACCAAGAAGCUAAGAAUUGGCGGCAAAGGGCAGACAGUUUCAUAGAAUACAGAAGAAGCCUUAGCCAUUGAAAUCUUCUAAUUGUACUCACCGCCCUUUGCGAUGCUAUGUAGAAGCCUAUACAUACAAAGUUAUCUUACCACGGACGGACGGACGAACAAUAAGGGCGUUCACUUUGUACAAAACGGGGGGAAAUAUAGUUUUACUUUAAUGACGAACUUAAAAGGAAUUUCAAAAAAUUCGCAUGCUUUUUUAUUAGUCUGACAACGCCCCCAAAUUGUACACUUUAGUGAAUACCACUGCCGUCAGUUCCCGUGUGGAAAGGAAAGAGACAAAAAAAAAAAAUCUAAAAGAUUAGGUACAAUAAGUAACCCGAUUCGACUGCGCCAGUACCGGCUGUACAGCACACAAACAUAGAAUAAAUGUUCAUUUUUCUUGGGCUGGACUCAAAAUUAAUAACUUCACAAAA